CCUGUUCUGACAUUCAUCAUUCCUAAAUUCGCCUUCUUUGCAACCAAUCUGUUGAAUUUCUUUAGUAAUUUGUUUAAAAAAAGCGCUUUAAAAUAUACUUUAGUGUGUUAUUAAUACCUGAUUCGAAUUUUGUGCACUUAUAUUGCUUUAAAAAUUAAAAUUCAGACUUUUGUGCCGGAAAAUGGAGGAUAUAUUUCAUUGGUGUCGUGAGGGAAACUCGAUACAAGUGCGUCUGUGGCUGGAAGAUACGGGCAAUGAUAUGAAUUUGGGUGAUGAUCAUGGCUUCAGUCCUCUUCACUGGUGCGCCAAAGAGGGUCACACAAAAUUAGUAGAAACUCUAAUACAACGUGGAGCACGCGUUAAUGCCACCAACAUGGGCGAUGAUAUUCCGCUACAUCUGGCUGCGGCACAUGGACAUCGGGACAUUGUGCAAUUGCUAAUUCGCGAGCGCUCUGAUGUCAAUGCUGUAAACGAGCACGGCAAUACACCACUGCAUUAUGCUUGCUUUUGGGGCUAUGAUAUGAUUUGCGAAGACUUAGUAAAUGCUGGCGCACUCGUUUCCAUCGCCAACAAGGAUAAUGAUACACCAUUGGAUAAGGCAAAGGCUGGCUUGUCAAAGCGUUUGCACGACUUAGCUGAACGUAACGGUCAUGAUAUUAAAAAGAUAAGCUUUAAGGAGCAAAGUUGGUUGGGUACAAAAACCCGUUCACGCGAUGCUACACUCUCCCGUUUUAAGGGUAUCAAUUUGGGCGAAUUAGAUUUACACACGAAAAUCGCAGUAACACCAUCUGGCGAGACUUGGCGUGGACGUUGGCAAAAAAAUGAUGUUAUUGCAAAGAUCUUAGCCGUUCGCCAGUGCACUGCACGUAUAUCGCGUGAUUUCAAUGAAGAGUUUCCUAAGCUCCGCAUUUUCUCACAUCCAAAUAUACUGCCAAUAAUUGGUGCUUGCAAUCAGCCGCCAAAUCUAAUUACAAUUAGCCAAUUUAUGACACGUGGUUCGCUCUUUAAUUUGCUGCAUCGUGCUACUGGCAUUGUUGUGGAUACAGCGCAAGCAGUGCGUUGCGCCUUGGAUAUAGCGCGUGGUAUGGCAUAUCUACAUUCGUUAGAGCGCAUCAUACCAACGUAUCACCUUAACAGCCAUCACGUUAUGAUCGAUGAUGACCUAACGGCACGCAUCAAUAUGGGUGAUGCAAAGUUCUCCUUCCAAGAGAAAGGCCGCAUGUAUCAACCUGCUUGGAUGUCACCGGAAGCAUUGCAGCGCAAACCGGCGGAUCGCAAUUGGGAAGCGUGUGAUAUGUGGAGUUUUGCAAUAAUUCUAUGGGAGUUAACUACACGUGAAGUGCCUUUCGCAGAAUGGUCGCCGAUGGAGUGCGGCAUGAAAAUUGCAUUGGAGGGGCUGCGUGUUAAAAUACCUCCAGGAACUUCGUCACAUAUGGCUAAAUUGAUAACGAUUUGCAUGAAUGAGGAUGCUGGCAAGCGACCGAAAUUCGAUAUGGUCAUACCGAUUUUGGAUAAAAUGAAACGCUAGGAAGGCGAGGAGUUUAAUGAAAGUGCCUGCAAUGCGUUUAAAACAAAAUUUGCGAAAUACGAAAAUAUUGCCAAG